UGGUGCGACAGGUUGUCUCGCGCGGGUGGUGCCGGGCUGCCGAUGGCGUCGUGCUGUAUUUGCAGCGGUUUCGCUUUGGUUAACUAGACAAUUAAAUAGUUAGCAACGUGCAUAUAUACUAACGCAUCCUUAUGUUCAUUAAGUUGUCAUUUUAGUCCAGAUAUGCGAAGAGUGACACUCUUUGUAAACGGAACGUCUCGCAAUGGCAAGGUGGUGGCGGUGUACGGGACUUUGGCAGACUUGCUGUCUGUUGCAAGCACCAAGCUGGGAAUCAGAGCUACGAGCGUGUUUACCGGGAAGGGAGGCCUUAUCGACGACAUCACCCUCAUUCGGGAUGACGACGUCCUGUAUGUCUCCGAAGGCGACACGUUUGUUGCCCCGCUGCGCGAGCCGGAGGUGUCGCAGUUCCAGUGUCACGCGCACACGGACUGGCUGACGCUGAACGUCGGGGGACGCUGCUUCACCACCACGCGGAGCACGUUGGUUAAGGAGCCAGAGAGCAUGCUGAACCACAUGUUUGGAAACAAAGACGUUUGGGGGAACAAGCAGGACGAUCAGGGUGCAUAUCUCAUCGACCGCAGCCCAGACUACUUUGAGCCCAUCCUCAAUUAUCUGAGACAUGGCCAACUCAUCGUUAACGAUGGGAUCAAUCUUUUGGGCGUUUUGGAGGAAGCGCGAUUUUUUGGAAUUGAGAGACUUGCUGAGCAGCUGGAGAGCGUUAUCAGGAACUCCCAGCCUGCAGAUGAUCACUCUCCUCUCAGCAGAAAAGAGUUUGUUCGUUUCCUGCUUGCCACGCCAACCAAAUCGGAGUUGCGCUGUCAGGGUCUGAGUUUCAGCGGAGCAGACCUCUCCCGGCUGGACCUGCGCUACAUCAACUUUAAGAUGGCCAACCUUAGCCGCUGCAACCUCACGCAUGCCAACCUUUGUGGCACCAACCUGGAGCGGGCAGACCUGUCUAGUGCCAACCUGGACGGGGCCAAUUUGCAGGGCGUGAAGAUGCUUUGCACCAACGCUGAGGGGGCUUCUCUGAGGGGCUGUAACUUUGAGGAUCCUGCAGGACUCAAAGCUAAUCUGGAAGGUGCCAAUCUGAAGGGCGUUGACAUGGAGGGCAGUCAGAUGACUGGCAUCAACCUGCGUGUGGCAACGCUGAAGAACGCCAAGCUGAAGAACUGCAACCUCAGAGGAGCCACUCUGGCAGGCACAGACCUGGAGGUCAGACCACAGCUGCCAGGGUCAGGGUCGGGGUCGCGGAGAGAGUCCACUAAAGUCAGAGCACGAACUGUGAUCUGUCUGGAUGUGACCUCCAGGAAGCAAACCUGCGUGGUUCCAAUGUGAAGGGUGCCAUCUUUGAGGAGAUGCUGACCCCCCUCCACAUGUCGCAGAGUGUCCGAUAACCACAUCAUCUCCACCACCCUUCUCUUUCUCCACCUCAAUCCAAGCUGACUGCUUUGUCCUGGGCGUGGCCACCUGGUAAGGCCAGUGUCCUGGGCGUGGCCACCUGGUAAGGCCAGUGUCCUGGGCGUGGCCACCUGGUAAGGCCAGUGUCCUGGGCGUGGCCACCUGGUAAGGCCAGUGUCCUGGGCGUGGCCACCUGGUAAGGCCAGUGUCCUGGGCGUGGCCACCUGGUAAGGCCACAGUGGUCGCCUCUUCCAAAGCGCCCAUGCUCAUCAUGUUUGUUAAUAAAUACGAUGUAAAAUGGACUUGAUAAAACAUUUACUUUGCUCAGCUACAGACUGAAUUGUUGUGUGUUUUAGAUUGUAUUGCUUCAAGAAACUUUUCAGUGCUCGACUUUGUAUGCUGUGACUUGGGACCAAAUUGUAGUGAUUUUCACCUUUUGUGAACUGGCUUGAAAUAAAGUGUCAAACACUGGA